AUCAGUUCGAGAAAGGCAAGCGAAGUUAUCGGACGUCAGUGCGAAGCUCUAAAUUCAUCAGAGCAUUAACAAAAACAUAUUUACAUUUUAUGGGAGUGCAUAUACACACAUACAUAUGUACAUAGAUCGACAUUUGCAAUAACCAUAGCAUUUUAAUAACCCAAGGAUCACAUUUCCAUAAAAGAAAUCCCUAGCAUAUCAGCAAUGCGUUUCAAACUAAGCAUGUCGGUGAAGUUGCUCAUGCUACUAUUUGCCAUGAUGUCGCUUAAGCCAAAUGCAGGAAUUUCCAUUAUCGAAGAUGUCGUGGACAUAAUAAAAUUAAUCCAGGAGGUUAGCGAAGGUGUGCAAAUCGUAUGGAAUUUGAUUGACAAUGCACCUGUAGACACCAGCAAGCUACCCAUUGUACUGGACAAGCACGGUGAAGUUAUGCGACGUAUGGAUGAGCUCAAUGAUCACAUUCAGCAUUCAGAGAAACUUCAAGCUGAAUAUUUUGCGAUGACUAUUGAAACUUUGAAGCAUGAGUUUCAUACCGAAUCUUUGCUGACACACAAAUUAAGCGAAAUCGACGAUAUGACGAAAGUAAUCGCAAAGCACUACCGAUAUAUGACUGAGGUUCAGAACUCUACGGACAAACUGGAUGCAUUCACACUAAACAACUUUGCCGAGUGGUGCGUGAAGCCAGGUUCAAAUUCGUUGGGCUAUUUGGCAGAUGCUUUACACAGUAAUAUUUUCGGCGAACCUGAGGAUAAAAGCGAGAGCUCACUCUUCGCCCAGAUGAUGGCGAACUAUGAAAAGGAUGAGAGCCAGAUAUGUACUGCAGAACGAUCACCACAACAAUAUGCUUACGAUCUGUUCACAAAGCUGAUGCUGACAGAGCUAAAGGCCUACCUAAUGAUGGAGUUCUCGUGGAUGACAUUGCGUGAGUCUGGCAAGGGUAAUUUCACCUUGGAGAUGUCCCUAAUGCGUCGAAACUACCAGGAACGCAUUACACACUCCAAGCAAGUUCUGCUCGAUGUAAUGACCAGCAUUGGUCGCGUCUACUGGCGCUGCGAUCCCAUGAACUGGCAGUCAAAGUUGGGAGUAAGUUACGAUCAAGUUACGCGUCUUUUGCAAGGUUAUGUGGAAAACGAAGUCAAUCUGAACAAUGACUCGAGUUGUUUUCAAACUUGUGAAGAUUACACCGAUGUGCGCACUCAGGGUUGCAUCGCUAACGAACUGUGUACCAAACAACCCAGGUGUGAGGGACGUCUACAUAGUUGCCAAUUCAUUGGAGCUGAUAUGACAGUAUGCCAGUCAAACGCAACCAGUAAUAUUACAAGUUCACGGCGUUACGAUUACAUUCGGUUUAAUAACGGUCGGCGACUCGGCCAGGAUGGCAUUGAAGAUGAGACUGUUUGUGCAACUGGUGGCGAUCUUGCGGAGUCCUGGUCCAAGUGGAUCUUCUGGCGUUGCAACUACUGCUUCUGUUUGUGCGAUGAGGAAAGCUUACUAUCCGAUCGUUACUUCAAUUUGCGCGAUACGCUCUCGGAUUAUCAACGAAAUAUGGUUGUUACUGGGGCCCGUUUUGUUAAAGCUCAGCGUGUAUUCCAUCUGCAGUUGCAGCAAGGCGAACUGUUGCCGGGUGGCCUGAUCAAUCAAUCAUCUCUGGCUUGGAUUCCACUAGAACUGUAUGAUGUGGGUAAUGUGGACAUACGCAAUGGUUACGACUAUCAUAAGCUCAACUACAACAGUCGCGCAAUGGAUCUGGACGAGAUUGCUGUUGAUAAUGAUACUCUUGUGGUAACAGGAGCACGCUUUCAUGUCUUGAAUAACCAUCUCAAUUUGGAGGUGCGUUUUAGCACUUUUAAUUAUACCACAGGUCAUCUAAUUCGUCCUGAUGUCGAUAGUAUUUGGCUGGGCAAUGAUUGGAGAAAGGAACACCAAGACAAGCCUCGUCAAAAACUGAUGCUGUACGAUCCUCAGGUGUCCUCGAAAUCGGCGCUUCAUUCGCUGCCGUUGUCGAAGGACAAUCAGUAUAUGGAAUUCGUUAGUUCCAGCGUGGAUAAGGAUGCAGCUCAGAGCACAGUGCCUUUCAUCGAUCUGCAGGAUGUGGUGCCUAAUCCCGCUGUAUCACUCUCUGGUUUGGGCAUAUAUCACAAAGGACGAAGGGGUUUUGGCGGCUUCUUUGCUCCAAAAGUAGUUACCUAUAAUUUUUGGGAGAAACUACUUGCCCCAUAAGAUAUAGGACCCCACAACAAAUACCAUAUGACACACAUCACAUUUUAAAUCACAUAUAAUUUAAAAUAUGUACAUUGUUCAACAACUUUUUAUUAAUACUUCAUGUGUUGCACUUUCUAUUAAAAACGUAACUUUAAAUAAUAAUACUUUUGGAAUGUUUGCCGUUUUUUUUUGCCUGAUUGCGUUUUACUGAAGGAAGCCUAAAUUUUCAUUCCAUCGUGCGAUGCACCCAAAUGAAUAUAUAAGACAAUAAACAAUGCAAAACAAAUCCAUUCACAUGAUGUAAACAUCGCUAAGCUAAACAAGGGAAUUUUUUUGACUUGCAAGCAAUUUUUUGCAAUAACUAGAACGAUUUUGAGCAAUUUAUUUUCAAAUAAUUGUCAUACGAUGUUUCGCUUAAGUUGAAUCUUUUUAAAAUGCUGAUAAUAUUGUUGUAGCCAUUAAU